CUCUCGAUACCUUCCCAUAAAAGUACUCAGAAGUGCACGCACCUCUUCCCCUAAAAAUAUAAUCCCCAAACACACAACCUAUCUCUCAUUCAUUUCAGUCCUCCCCUCUCUCCCCCUCUCAGGAAUUUUCACAAACAUCUCUCGGGCACUCACUCCUCACUCUCCUCGAACAAACACCAACACUGUAUUUCCAUGGAAGCAUUGAAUAUUUGCUCGUCUUCUGCUUCGUCUUCCGACACGUCCUCGUCGGAGUCUUCUCUGACGAGAAAUCCCAAUAAGCCCGAACGAAUCAAGGGCCCGUGGAGCGCUGAGGAGGACCGGGUCUUGACCCGGCUUGUCGAGCGCUACGGGCCUAGAAACUGGUCAUUGAUAAGCCGGUAUAUAAAGGGACGGUCCGGGAAGUCUUGCAGGCUAAGGUGGUGCAACCAGCUGAGCCCGAGCGUCCAGCAUCGAUCCUUUUCGCAGGCCGAGGACGAGACCAUCUUGGCCGCACAGGCCCGGUUCGGAAACAGAUGGGCCACCAUUGCGCGCCUGCUUCCGGGUCGGACCGACAACGCGGUGAAAAAUCACUGGAACUCGACGUUGAAGCGGAGGGUGAGGGGAGAUCAACUAACGGAGGGUGGCAGUUUUCUUGGAGGCGGCGGCAAUGUGGGUAGCAAUGAGGGGAUGAGCACGAAUUCGGUUUCCGGAUCUUUGGUUAAUGGGUCGAUGGAGUUUGACCCGUUGACGGAGUUGACUUUGGCACCGCCGGGGAUUGGUAGCGGAAGCGGCGGGGCGAUGGUGGCAGAGCAGCGGAGGAAUAAUGAGAGUGUGCCGGCGGGGUUUUGGGACGCGAUGAGGGAUGUUAUCGCUAGGGAGGUUAGAGAUUACGUGGCGACAACAUUUUCAGAGCCUUCGGGGCUUCUUUGAUAAAAUUAAUGAUGUUUUGAUUUAAUUUCGGAUUAUGUUUUUGUUAAUAUGUUGGCUUCGAUUAAUUCUCAGAGGCUAAAAAAUGUAAGAUUGGUCGAAUGAAUAUAAGCUAAAAAUAAUUAAAAAUUUUAA